AUGGUUAUUUCUGGCCAAACAACAACCACCAUUCGAGUCGAACAGUUCACAGCAAUUUCUCAUAUUGACACUGCGGCCCAGUACGCAUCAGAGACAGUGGAGAAAGCCACAAAACUACAUAUGUUUAGGACGGAUCUGCUUCAAACAGCAGUCCCAGCACAUUUGGUGCAUGCAGCACGGCAACAGUUCGCUAAAUCGCCACCGAAUGUAUACACGGAGUGUUACAGUCAAGCAAGAACAGAAAUUCUAUAUUAUAUUUAG